CUUAUUUUGAAAUUGACAAACUUUGUUCCAAACUCCCUGGUUCAGAUCCCUGGUAUCCCGCUUUUAUGAUCUUUCUCUUCCUAAAAAUGGCGACGAACCUUAUCCUAAAACCUGAGAGCAGCAGGCAACUCGAGACUGAGGAUGAGGAAGCCGUCGCAAUAGUAAAAAGUUCAAGAAAAGAAGUGGAUCUUGGGAAUGGGAGCGAGGUGAUCUAUAUAUCCAAAUUCCUGUCCUACGACCAAUCUUGGCAUUAUUUUGAAUACCUUAACAAGAACAUUCCUUGGACUCGACCCACCAUUCGCGUAUUCGGUCGACCCUUUCUACAGGUGAGGCCCAACCUCUUGCUUACGACUAGGAAUAUCUUUCCUGCCCUUUGAAAUGUGAAGACACUUUUAAAAAUAUUGAGGCUAACAAACGACCUCUUACGGCAGCCUAGGGAUACUUGCUACAUUGCGGGUGAAGGGUUGCCAGACCUGGUUUACAGUGGAUAUCAACCACAUGCAUAUUCUUGGGAAGAAUUCCCUCCUCUCAAGGAGAUUCUUGAUGCUGUUCAUAAAGCUAUUCCCGGAACCUUCUUCAACAGCUUGCUUUUGAAUAGGUACAAGGGAGGGAACGACUACGUUGGAUGGCAUGCUGAUGAUGAGAAACUUUAUGGGCCCACUCCGCAAAUAGCAUCUGUAUCCCUAGGAUGUGAAAGGGACUUCUUUUUAAAAAAGAAACCAAAUAAAAUUUCCCGGGGUAAGGCAUAUGUCAUACACAAUAUUUUAUCUGCUCUUUAAUAAUUUUAGCUGUUAACUUUGACACUAUUUACAUAUCCUACUUGACCAUAUGUUUCAAUAAUUAUAAAAACUAAUCCUAUUAUGUACAAGUUUGCGAAAAUAUUCUCAAUUUAUAAUUCUAAAAUAUCACUCUCUAAAAUUUUUCAAGAAUUGAUAAGUAAAUUAUUAACGGUUAAAGUCAUGUCUUGGAAAACGUGAAAGUCAAACUUUUGGUAUUAUAGUAGAACGAAGGAAGUAUCAUUGAUGAAUGUGUUCCAAUUCUCUUUUGACUUUUGUCAGUGUCUUGUUCAACUGAAGUGUGUGGGUACAUUUCAUGCAAUAACUUGUAUUCAUGCUCAACGUUUAAAUAACCCUGCCCCCAAAGAUGUCUUUUUAAAAUUACUGCGUGGUCAGUUUUUUGGCAAUACGUCAAAGGGUUAAUUGCAUCUACCUUGCCCAAGGUUCAAUAAAAAAAAUCGCCCUUGAGGUUACGGAAAAGUAUAGUUAUACUCAUUAUUGGUCCCAAAUAUGUUUUAGAGAUAGAUUUAAAUACUUUAGUAACAAAAAAGUCAUUAGAAAACAUCAAAUCCAGUGUAUCGUCCUCCAGUCCUAUUUGUAAGACAUUUAGGUGAUUCUAAUUCUAAUUCCUAAAUACUUGUACAAGUUACACUGUUACAUAUGUAUUCACACAUAUGGGGUGUAAACGGAAAUUUUCCCUUAUUUAAAACGCUUUUAUCAUUUCUUUAAUCUAUGUGAAAAACAGAAUCAUGUGUUUUACUUCGUAAUAAGAAGAACCCAAUGGAAUAUAAUCUCCUAUGUCAAAGUUGAAAAUCCAACGGGUCAAAGAACCUGUUCGUUAUUUUCAGAAAUCUUGAGUGUUUUCUGGUAUUAGAUUAAUCAUUGGGAGAGGUAGAUGCAAUUGACCUCAUUGCUCAAUGUUCUCUUCCUGAGGUUUUUGUGUUAUUAAACAUUUGAGGUAAAAAUGGUGAGGGCGAGGCUCCGAAAAAGCGAUCUAGAAAGCAUAGCAAUACGGAGCAACACCGUUUUGCACUGAAACAUGGGUCAUUGUUGCUGAUGAGAGGAUAUACUCAACGGGAUUGGCUCCAUUCUGUGCCUAAGCGUGCAAAAGCUGAGGCAGUACGAAUCAACCUCACCUUCAGGCGCAUUCUUUGAAAUGUGAAACAUUUUGUUCCUGGAAAUGGAUCAAAGAAUUGUUCAGAGUGCGCUGUGGUCACGAAGGAAGGGCAAACUCGGAUAGUCAUUUUUUAAAUUAUGACUGAUCAGAUGUACAGGUUACUGUAAAUAAGUUAUAAGUUGGAUUGGGUGUGUACUAAUUGAUACGAGCCCGAACUUACUGUCUAUUGCUGUGUUCGUAUCACUUAUUAAUUUUUUUUUGUUAGUUAGAAGGUACUCCGUAUAAUUGUAAUGAUCUGAACAUGGCAUGUGCUGUUUUUUUCAAUAACUACCUUAACUAGGUAUGCCAGUAUGCACCCCGGGAUGACAGGUUUUUGGGGAAAAUAACCAAAUAAAGAUUAUGGAAGUAC